AUGUCAUCAUCGUCAAUGGAAACGGCGAUCCCUCGAAGUGGAGAAAUGCCCGACAGUGAACUCCGAAUCACGCCAAGAUGGAUGAUCUUCCGUUCGAUGAACGCUUUCCAACAGCCGGUACUCUCUUGUUUCGAAUUGGAGAACGUCGACCCAUUUCCAAUCGCUUUCGUUAUCAAGGGAAAGGACCGCCAUUUUCCGAUCGUUAAACACGCACACGGUCUCAUUGCAGAAAAGGGAAAAAUGAAGAUUGAAAUGCUUAUCCCAUCGAGAGUCGAAUGGCCAGAGGACUUGCAUGAGAUGACAAACAAACGCUUUCGUCUCGUUGUCUCCAAUUUAGCCAUCUCUCAAUCUCUUUACAAUACAACUCCUGAUUCAGAGCGCAGCUUGGUUGCUCGCGAGAUCUUUCAACGAACGGCUCCAUUAACUAGAAUGUACACAAAGAUGAGUUACGUGCUCAUUCGUCCACUCGAUCUCAGUGAUGAAACACAAAAACUCAAUGCGCAA